UUGUAUGACGCAAGAAGCGUUGCUAACUUCUAUAGUUCUGUCUUGUCAUUUUUCAGUGCUUAUUUGUUUCGCGGUGAUUCCUACAUAAGGUCUCCAGCAGUUGAAAUCACAAGCAUCGAGGAGGACAAACCUUACUACCACGAUUCAUACUGUCCUAUUCACGGAUCACGAAAACGAUUCCGGAGACCACAGCUCAAAGACGUGGGAAGUUAUCAUCUGACAAGCAUUGAAAGUGUUGAGAUGGAACCAACUUCACAUUGUAUUUUCAGUCAAGCCUACGCGGCAAAAAUGAUUCGAAAGAGGAAACGAGCAACACUUUCAGGAGUAGCUAGGUUUCGCAACAGAAAAGAAAAACACAAAAUUGAAAUGAAUUUAUGGAUUAUGAGCGUUGCCUUCCUCUUUCUUUUCACAGCAUUCCACGGUCUCCAAAAUUUACAAACUUCCGUUAACAAGCGGCUAGGAUUUGAUAGUUUGGGCGUUUAUUAUCUUACGGUGGCAAUAUCAUCGCUAUUUGUUCCUCCAUUCAUGCUCAAUCGAUUAGGAUGCAAGCUGACACUAAUUGUAUCAUCAGGAAUUUAUAUGAUCUAUAUGGUCGCCAAUUUCCUUCCCAAAUAUUAUUCACUAAUACCUGCAGCAAUACUUGCCGGUUGCGCUGGAAGUUGCCUAUUUGCGACAAAAUGUGUGUAUAUCUCAGAAAGUGGCCGCCGUUUCGGGCAGCUUAAUGUUGAGGACCAAAACGUAGUUACUGUUAGGUUCUUUGGUUUUUUCUUUACAGUUCUACAUUUCGGCCAAGUUGUUGGUAAUGUCUUGUCUUCAUUCAUCCUGACAUUAGCUAUCGAAUACGUCAAGCCAGCUGACGGUGUCAUUUAUAACACUUUGAGAUUUUCGAAUUCUCCAUUCCUCAGCGAACAAGCGAAAGCUAACCUAAAACAACCUCCUCGAGGUGCAUUCCUUGCUUUAUGUGGCGCUUAUUUUUGCUGUACAGUCGUUGCUCUACUAAUUGUUUCCAUGUUCCUAAACUCUCUUCGGAAGGACAAAAUUGCCAGUAAGAUGCAAUGCAAAAUUAAUUAUUUCCCUUUUAACCUAAGAUGUUUAAAUUACCAAAUUUACUUACCUUAUACUUACUUUAAGCUCUCAAACGCAAAACCGUUACUCCUUACACCACUAACAAUAUUCAAUGGACUCGAACAGGCAUUUCUAAUUGGUUAUUACACAAAGGCAUAUGUCGCUUGCGGGCUCGGAAUAAGUCAAAUUGGGUACGUUGUAACAUCAUUUGGUAUCGCUGACGCAUUAUGUAGCCUAUUUUUCGGACCGCUCAUGAAACUGUUCGGCAGAAUGCCACUUUUUGUCUUUGGCGCUGUUGUCAAUAUGCUGACUAUAAUGACACUGAUGAUUUGGCCACUGAAUCCCGGCGACACGGAAUUAUUCUAUGUGAUUGCGGGAGUCUGGGGAAUGGCUGACGGUGUGUGGAAUACGCAACUUAACGGACUCUGGGUAGUGCUUUCUCGAAGCAGCCUCGAAGCGGCCUUUGCUAACUACCAUUUUUGGGAGUGUUCUGGAAUAGCUUUUGGCCUCUUCCUAACUCGUUUUGCAAAUAUAUCUCAAGUUCUAAUUAUCUGUCUCAUCGUACUACUUAUUGGCAUCACUGGCUACUUUAUUGUCGAAUUUUACGAAGAAUUCACGGCAAGUAUUCUUAGUAUUCAACUUGAAAAAUGA